UUCAACAUGGAAGCAUGUGCGAGGCACGACUUUACUCAAACAGCUGAUGACGAAUUAAGUUUUAAGAAAGGAUCCAUAUUAAAGAUACUUAGAACAGAUGAAGACAAGAACUGGUACAAAGCUGAACAAUGUGGGAAGGAAGGAUACAUACCAAAUAAUUAUGUAGAACUAAGGCCACAUCCGUGGUAUGUUGGUUCUAUAUCACGGAUGAAGGCGGAGGAGAUGUUACUGAAUGGAAACCAUCAAGAUGGGGCCUUCCUUGUGCGGAACAGUGAGAGCACACCGGGGGAGUUUUCUAUAUCAGUCAAAUAUCAAAAUGGUGUUCAGCAUUUUAAAGUAUUACGAGAUGGAAAUGGCAAGUACUUCCUUUGGGUAGUGAAGUUUAAUUCCCUGAAUGAACUCAUCGAGUACCAUCGGACGUCCUCCGUCAGUCGUCAACAACCUAAGCCAAUAUAUUUGAAGGACAUGGAACCUCAGGUCCAGUAUGUGGAAGCCAUGUAUGACUUUUGUCCUGAAAGCUGUGAUGAGUUGGCAUUCAAGAAAAAGGAAGUGAUCAAACUCAUCGACAAGGUGGACGAGAACUGGUGGAAGGGUGAACUCAAGGGGUGAUAGGUGUCUUCCCAGCCAAAUAUGUCAAGAUGAAAUAACACCAGGACAGAACAGCGCCACAGUGACGAGCUUAGUGACAAGCACCUGCUGCACAAGUAUUCGCUUCAGUGGCAGAGCCAGACGAGAUUGUGAAUUUAAAGUCAUAUUUAAUUCAUACAUUAGGUAUUCUCAUCGAGUAUCAUGAUACAGUUAUUUGCAAACUUGUGUUUGUAAUUUAGCUUGUACACCAAGUGCCAACUUCAUUUUAUCAAACCAAGUUUUAUGUGUUGUUUUUGUUUGCGGAUUUGCUUGGAAGCAAUUUUAUGGAUUAUCUGAUCACCCCACCAGUCUUUGAGUAUUGAGAUAUUUCUUGGACAGUGUUAUGUUAGUGUAUGGGAUUAGUGUGAUUGUAGUACAAGCUAUAUCUAACUAGAGCAAUAAUUACUUUCUUGGGUGCAGCAGAAGCUUUUGUGUCCUGUAGGAUGCAUUGAUCUUUGUACUAACCCAUGAACAGGACAUGUGAAAAUGAUGCAUGAUAACUUUGGUCGAUUUACAUUCUUUUUUAUAACUAAAUAUGCUCAUUUAUCUUUAGUUAGAAAUCUUAAUGUCUAUAUUCUGAUGAACCUGUGAUUUGAAUUUGAAGGUAUGAUAUUGAUUGAUAACUCAAACCUGGAUGUGAGUUUCUUUGCAGAGUAAAAUGGUUUCAUUAAACUGAGGUUUCAAAUGUAAUAUGGAGGUAUCAAACCAAUAACAUACCUCAAGAUUCAAAACGUAACAGGUUUAUCUUUUCUACCAUGACAAAAUCAACUGCAAAAUGAAAAGUGACAGUCUUUGAUUGCCUGCAAUAUUGCUGAUGUGGCUUAAAGCAACAUUCACUCACUCACUCAUUGAUGAUAUGGUAUUUGGCUAAGUUUGCGAGUGGGUUGUUGAAGUUCAGUCAGUGCUUCUAACUAGAUGCCCAUGAGGGAGGUAUGCCAUGUACUUACUUUAAGUGUACAUUUCCAGUGAUACACUUCACUCACAAUGUCAAAAUCAAACAAUGUAGGAGUGCUGUAUUGAGAGAAAAAGCAGAUGCCCAUACCUUAAAAUAGUGAAGCAGAUGUUGCAUUAUUGACAGGUUUUUCCAUACAUACAUUACAAAACAUCACUCAGUUGAGGAAGUAAGAAUGAACUUGGAGUCAGUAACACAAAAGGGUCAAAUUUCAGGCCCUAGAAAUGGAUAACAUACUCACACAUUUGUUUAAUGUCAAGUGUUGGUCCAGUAUCGAUAGCCAUUGAGUUUGAAUGUUCAAGGAACCACAACACGUUAUUUGGCUAAAUAAAAUAUGCUAGUCUUAUCAAUUUUAAAAUCUGCCUUCACAUAAGAUUUGAUAGUUUAGAUUUUUCUUAUUUGCUCUUACAAUGAUGCUGUCGUGAAUGUUUUGAAUUAGAGGUGUGUUAUGGUGAAUUGAAACUUCUGAUUUGAUAGCAAGUUCUACUUAGUCAUGGAAGAAUAUGUAUGUGGUCAGGAAAACUGUUCAAUGAUUCAGUAUAGAAUGUGUGUGAUUAUUUGGCACGGCUAAGGUGGGUUUGUGCCAUCAUUUUAACACAAAUAUGCUACGGAGGAAGCACUUGAUUCUCCAACAAUCUCUCAAUUUGCCAUAAUUGAUAGUAUCCAUUGGGAUAUGAAUAAGAUUGUCUUUAAUGCAUCAUUUUGAAUAAUUUAAGAGCUUCUUUUUAAUUAUUGAAAGGAAAGACUUUUCAGGUGUUGAACACUAUACCUCAAAAUGAUUCAGUGUUGAAUAAUGAUUCUAUCUUGAUAAUCCUUAUGAUUGAUAAGCCUGUUAUCAACUUAAAUAUUAUUAUUACAAUGCAAAAUAUUUUACAUACUUUGAUUUGCCAUGUCUUUAUAUCUGUAAAUAUUGUACAUUGUAAAAAGAAAUAUGCGACUUCUGAAUCUUGCACAAUAUAUCUCCUUAAUAUGGCUGCAUUUGACAGGGAGUAAUUUUUCAGCCGAACUGUAUAUUUGUGUUAAUGGAAGUAUGAUUAUGAAUGCUGUUUCCGUGAAAGCAGCAAAACUAUGGUAACCUGUAAUAAGGUGGCUGGGUAGUUUAAACAUGUUGCUACAGUAACUUUUGAUUAAAAGCUACUGUAACUAUGGCAACUGUUUGGCAAUGGUCUGCAUUUAGUAUUAUUUACAUUUUCUGCAAUCUGUAGCUAGAUAUGUAUAAACUAUUCCAUCACUUAACAUAGAAAGUGUGGGCUAUGGCUUCCAAACAUUUUAAUGUGAGAAAGGAGAAGUUAGAGUAAAUGUUUGUAUGGGGUGAGGCUUUUUAUCAGCAUUGUCGUGAAGAUAUGGUUGCUUGGCAAAAAGAAUAAAUUGCCAUGAUUUAUGCAAAGAAUUUUCCUGAUUUUCUUUGCUUUCAGGGUUUAUACUGCAUGAACUCGUUCAGCGAUAAUGUUUUUCAUAGGGUUCACAUAAGCAAGAAAUGGUCUUAUUUUGAGGCUCAUCUUGAAAAAAUUGUAGAAUUAAAAGUCUGCCUUUAAUAUGCCUUAAAAAUUCUGAUAGUGUGCCUUGAAAAGGCCUUGACUUUUCUUUAUGAAAUGUGUAUGUAAAACUUUGUAGAAACUAAUUUUUAAAAUCAUAGUUAUCUCCCUUCCAAUGAUAGUCUGCUUCUGUAAGAUUCCAGUGUAUAAUUUGCAUGUCCUUGAACUUGUGGGAGGGAGCUUUGAUAAAGUAUCAGUAUUAAACUUUGCAACAGUUUCACAUGAUACAGAUUUUGAUUUUAACACCACUGGUCAUUGACUUGGGAAGGUGGUGAACAUGUGUGCAUACUUGUUACAUGUGUUUCCGGAACAAUUCAGUAACUUUUAUCAAUGUUCUAAAUUUUGCCUGACUGUUAGGGUUGGACUUUUAGGAAUUCCCCAUUUACUGAUUUAAUUUUGGUCCUUUCUAUUUAACACCCUCUUGGCAUGAGCUUCUUCAGUAAAACUUAUCAACAAAACUUAUCAACAUUUUUAGAUCAUGGGUCAAGGUUAGUCUCAAGGUCAUAAGGUCAAAAAUAAGGUUGUUCACAUACCUUAAGGGCAAUGACUAGGCAAAUAAAUUCGGUCCAUGCCAUCCUGGCAGUCUAGUCUUGAAGCUGAUGUUUUUUUCAAAUGACCUUGCAUGAUGUAAAAUUCUCUGUGAAGGUCAUCUAUUCAGGCGAUGACCUAGAUAUAUUUCUUAUUGCCCAAGUGGUUUCAACGGAAUGGAAGUUGUUGCUGUCGCUUUUGGACGGCAAUGCAAACUGUUCAAUAGGUUUAAUGCAUUUCCUAUUUACAAAUGCUUUUUGCUUGUCAUUGCCUUUGCAAGUAGAUUAAGUUUUUUAUUUUGCGAAUGUAUUGAGCAUUGGACAGAUGUUGAAGAUCUCCUGCCACAAAUAAAACUUUUUCACACUGUCUUGCAACAAUAAGCUUUAAGCAUCAAGAAAAGCUGAACAAAUGGUGAUGAAUAUAAACAUUGCAUGAUGAUGCAACCAACCGAUGGUGGUGUGGUACCAGUGUCAUGAAAUGAUGGCUGGUGAUUUCAUAAUGGUUGGCACGGAUUAUUGUCAUUCAGUAUUAUGUGUAGAUAGUUAGUAUAGAUAGAACUGCUUUCCUUGGUCAAACCAAUCUGAAUAUAUAUUGCUGUGUCCACCUCCGGUAUGCCCAAACAAAGGACACAGCAUCUCCUUUGUCCAUUGUAGUAAUAUUGCAGGAUCUCAGAUUUGCUGUCUCCCUCUCACUUGUAUUGUGUGCAGGAAUUAAGACUGUAUUAUGGUGGUUGAUUAAAUCCUCAUUUUGUACAUGCUCCUUUGUUUGAAAUAAGGAGUGUUAGUCAAGGGGUUCUUGUCAUUAACUUUAUCACAAAAUGUCAAUCGUAGAUUUGAUCUUUUACUCCGAUUUGAUAGCUCUCUGCAUCAGGAUUUGGAGGACUCUUCCAUGGACGGUUGUGUAUGUUGAAGUCUGUUGAAACUUUGACUGCCCAGUCUACAUGGAGGAAGGGUUGGUCAUCGAGCCAAUCAGAUGUCACAUUUGUAUAAUAAAUUGGCAUCAUUUCUUUACCAUCUUGUUUCAGAAAUUUUGAUAGAAGAAAAUCCUGAAAGAACACGUAUAUCUCUUCAAUUGUUCUCCCAUGUUGACAUUGAUGCUCUGAUAGGACUGGGUGAAAAAUAUACCAACAGCAAUAUGAUUGCUUAGCAUUUAUCAAUUAUAUUGGAUUAACUUCAUUUUCAAGGUAGAGAAAUGCUUUGCUCACUCAUGUUGAAGCUUAAUCGCUGAUUGGAACCACAGAUAGAGAUGUCCUCGUAUUAUCACACAGAGGUCUUCUGUGGCACUAUUAUAUCUAAUAUAUCCAGACUUGCCUAUCCUUACGAUUUUGGUGUAAGUCGUACUAUUUUUGGUGCUAAAUUAUGACCUUACGAUCAUACUGAAAUUCCUUACAACUUCUACAAAUAAAUGGUAGAAUACUAGAUAUAGGCGUGACCAUGCUAUUUAUAGAGUCAUUUACGGUACAUAAAGUACGGGAAAACAGAAGUCGCAUCAUAAACAUUAUAAAUGAAUAAUCUUUGCAUCUUACAGUGCUGGUAAAGUUUAUUUCAAAGUGAAAGACUAUCAAAAACGUUAAUUAGAUCGACACCACAUUUUACUAUUAAACACUAUAUUAAGAUUUCAACCAGCAAUGUUUUUCCUUUAUUUCUUGACAUUAACAUGCCUUACUAUCAAAUGCACCUGCCUUACUAUUGUUUUGAGCUGAUCUUACCAUUUUCUUUUAAAAGGGGUAGGUAAGUCUGUGUAUCUAUAUCUGAUGUUAAUGAUUCCGAUGUUAUGUCAGAUUCAAAUACUGCUGCAGGAAUCUUCCAGUACCCAAGGACACUCUAACCCUAACACAGUACAUCUAUCUCAGAGCUGAAAUACUGCUGUAUGGUUCUGAAGCAGACCAAGGAGGAAGUGCCAAAUGUUUGUAAUUUGUUCUACAUUGGGUAUAAUCAAAAUAUAUCAUCAAGAUAUGACAUUUAAGGCAAUGACUUGAUAUGCAGCCAUUUUGUGUACAGUCUAAGUGACCUAUUGCUCAGUAUUAUUCGUUACACUUCUAUACCGAGUCUAACAAACCCUAGUAGAAAGGUCGCGUCAGCUAACCAUUUGAAUUGACCGGUCAGAACAC